AAUUACAAAAGCACAAAGGCCUUGCUCUUAUCCUAACGUUUGGUCUUCUACUCUUCCCUUUCGUCUCCGCGAUUUGAGAGAGAAGAUGAGACGAAUGCGAGAACAACGACACCAUUUUUAAAAGAAGAAGAGUCUCCUCUCAAAGGCAUCUUGUGUUCUGAAAACCAGACAAGACAUGAAGACAUUCGAGGAAACAGAGGACUGUUUCAUCCUCGAUUUCGAUCCUUUUGAUUCGUUCGACAUCAAACAACUCUCUCUUUCUGAUGAAAAAGAUUUAGCCAUCAUCCAUGAGACUGGACAGGUGGCUUGUAGAGAUUACCCACAUCCAAGACAUCUUUGCUUGAACUUUCCUUUUGGAUCAACUCCUAAUGCAACCCACUGUAAUCUGUGUUACUGUUACGUCUGCGAUAAGCCUGUUCCUUGUGCACAGUGGAUGUCUUCGCAUUGUAAUGCUUCGGCGGAGUCUAUGCAGCGGAAAGUUACUAUGACUCCUGAGAGUGAGAGCUUUUACUAUGACUGCGAUUACGAUCAUCUUUGACUUGACUAGUAGAUCAACGUAACUAGCUUUGGAAGAGUAUGUAAUGACAAUGCGUAACUAAGUUUGAGAUUGUUAUUUAAGUGCUUUGUUAAUCUUCAAAAUGCAUUUGCUUAGCUGGAUUGUUGCGUGUUGAAAUAUUUC